GUUAGGUUAUAAUAACAUAACCAUCGUGUUUUUGCAACAAGUGGAACCGAAUUUUAAUCACAAUGAAGGCCAAGCUUGCAAAAUCGAAGAGAAACAACCAGAAGAAAAAUAAACUUAUAAAGCAAGGUGUUAUCAAAAAAGCGAAACCCAGAAAGGAUGUAAAGGCAGCUCCUGUUCCCCAAAAACCAAAUUUACCCGUCGUUGAAGAUGAAAGUGAUGAAGGAGAAGAUUUACUCGAUAUGGUUGAUGAUGAUGACAUGGAUUUCCUUAAGACUGCCAUUACGAAUCGAUCGUACAAUAUUUACAACAAAGUAAAAUUCAACGUAUCCGAAGAACCAAAAUUGAAGAGACGAAAGAAAUCACAGGAUGACGAAACUUUAGAAAAUGAUUUCGAGCAGCAACUAGAAGAACAGGAAUCUGAUACAGAGUUAAAAGAGCUCUUGCCAUUUAAAACUAAAACCGGACUUGUGAGGAACAGAGUUUUGAAGAAAAUUCAAGCCGAAGAAAUUGAAGAACCUGAUCAGGCUGAAGAAUCAAAAAACCAAGAAACUGCAGAAAAUGAAGAUGGGGAUAACAUAGAAAACGGAUUAGAAACAUCUGAAUUAAAUUUUACUGGCCCUGUAUCUGUAGUUCAACUAAUGGCAAAACGCGAUGAAGUAAUAAAUAAAGUUAAACUUCACGUGGGCACUCUCAGUGCCGGGUUACUAGAAAGUCCCGAAGAAAAAAUAAUAAAUCUGCGAACUUUGAUUGCCAUGAUGGAUGAAGAAACAGCGCACACAUAUGUAACUGUUAGGAAGAUACUUAUUGUAUCCAUAUUGGAAGUUUUUAAGGACAUCUUGCCAUCUUACGAAAUAAAGAAUGUAAGCACGGAUGGAGUUCGAUUGAAGAAAGAUACAUUAAAGCUGAAAAAAUACGAGGAGAGUUUGCUUUUGUACUACAAAAAGUUUCUUCAGAAAUUAGAAAAAUGCGCCUUUGUGCUUUUUAAGAAGAAAGGUGACACUAGAAGGAGGUCUGAAGAAGAAAUCACCAUAGGAACUUUAGCGAUUCAGGCUUUGUGCGAUUUAUUAGUGACCCAUCCUUAUUUCAAUUUUUCCCAAAACAUAGCACAAGCAGUGGUUCCGUUUAUGAAUAACCGUAGUAAAGAUAUAAGAGAAAUCGUCAAAAAUGCAGUAAAAACUAUAUUCAAAGAGGACAAAAAAGAAGAAAUCACUUUAAAAAUACUUAGAGUGAUAAAUCACUAUUCAAAAAACCACUCAAACAUGCAUACGGAAAUGCUGGAAGUUCUCUUAGUGUUAAAUCUAAACGAAGUAAAUUUGGAAAAAGAUAAAGAACAGAAUAUAAAAGAGAAAAAGUUAAAAGCGCAUAAAGCGAGAAUUCUGCAAUUAUCUAAAAAAGAGAAAAAGAGGAAAAAGAAACUGAAAGAGGUGGAAAAAGAAUUGCUAGAAACGAAAGCAGAAGAAAGUCAACAAGUCAGGCAAAAAAAUUUACUGGAAGUCACCAAGUUAAUUUUUAACAUAUAUUUCAGAAUUCUUAAAACUAAUACGAGUAAUUCUAAAAUUCUCGGCGUCUGUUUAGAAGGAUUAGCUAAGUUUGCUCACUGUAUAAACAUAGAAUUCUACAUGGAUAUUGUUAAUGUAUUGAACAAGCUUUUAAAUGAAGAUUGGUUGGGCUACAGAGAACAAUUAUUCUGCAUUCACACGGUGUUUUCAAUACUUAGCGGCCAAGGAGAAGCCAUUAACUUAGAUCCCAUUAGGUUUUAUAACAAUCUCUAUAAAGACCUUCUUACUCUCAACGCUGCAUCGAAAAACUCCAAGGAUACACCUGUCCUCAUAAACACAUUAUGCGAAGCCCUAAUUAAAAGAAGGAAGAAAAUCACCAACAAAAGAACUAUAGGCUUCUUAAAGAGACUAGCCCAAUUGAGUAUGCAGCUCACUCACGAAGGAUCUUUGGGUUGCUUAGGACUUAUCAAACAUGUAAUGCAGUUGAACAGAUCUGCAGAUGUCCUGUUGGAUUUAGAUUCUUCUACUGGUGAAGGGAAAUACCAAGCCGAAAUAGAAGAUCCGGAAUAUUGCAAUGCCGCAAGCUCAGCUCUUUAUGAACUGAUCCACUUGGCACGUCACUACCAUCCGAUUGUUAGCAAAUUUGCUAGGCAUAUCGCAAGUGGUGUGCCUUCGUCGGGCGAUGGUAGUCUUCCGGGAGAAUAUGGAAAAAGUUCUCCCGAAGAAUUAUGUGUGGAGUUCGAUAUGUCCGAAAUGGCCUUCAACCCUCCAGUACCCCUUGUGAAAAACGGUCCGAAGAAGACAUCGAAAUUAGCAUUUGCAGAUAGUUCAUUUGAAACUGAAUGUAGACAGGUUUUGAGAUCCAAGAAAAGGAAAUUCUUUUGGAUAGAUGACGCUUAGGUGCGUAUUUUUUAUAUUUAAUUGUUGAUCAAGCAAUUUCUACUAUAUUAUAUUUCUCCGUAUUGCUACAUAAAGUCUAUAAUGAACGACAAAUAAAACAAUCGGGUAAUAUAUAAUAGGAAUUUUAUUAUUUAAUCUAUACUGUUAACAGUUAAAUGUAUUUAAAAUAAAAUAAUAAAGAAAUAUCAAAGUCAUAUUAACAGCUAUAUUAUGAAAAAUGCUAUGACAGUUAACAACAUAAGUAUAUAAACUAUAGGAGCACAUUGAUAACAUUAUUUUGUAUCAAUUAAUUCGCAAAAAAUGGCAAAUAUAAAUGGUAAGAUUAAACAAAAAUUUUACAUAUUAUUUAAAUGUACACCGGAAACUGAAAUAGCGCCAGGCACUUUAAGUUAAAGUGCACCCCCAUAAAAAGAACCUCUAUUAUCAGUCUUGUCAAAUUAUUUAAAAAGAAAUUCAAUGUUAAACCGAAAUAAAAUGGCCAAUCUUAAGGAAACACCAAAUCUAGUACGAAAUUAUCUAGAUUCGUAUACUAAAAGAUUAAUUUACAAAAGUACCUAAUUCAUUAAUUUUUUGUAAUCGUUCUGUAUCCACUAAAAAUCGAUACAAGAUCUAUCUAUUUACAAUUUCAUAUAUAACGUUUAAACAACAGAUAAAAUAAGAUAAAGUAACAGCUAACAACUAAUAGAAAUUAGUGUUUUUGCGACACGAUUUUGAUUUAACUUUUUUGUUUUAAAACAUUUUACACACAAGUGAAUACAGAUAUGAAGUGCAACUGUGCAGAGCCGAAAGACGAUGGAAAUGGAUAGUAUAGCGGGCAAAAAUCGUGUUAAGAUUUUUUAAAAGUUUUAUACCAAAAUUGCCAAACUUUAAGCAAAAUGUAUUUUUUAUGUAGCAAUGAAGCUAGAAUAUGCUCUUGUCAGGGCAAGCAGUUUCCUUUAUUAUUUAGCAAUCAGCAUCGGUAAAGAUGGAAAACAUUUAUUUGAACUGUUAUAUUUUAUGUAAUUGGAUAGAACCCAAUUGAAAAUUCUAGACUAACUUUUUAGCUUCUCUUUCGGCUCUGUUUCUUCGUAGAUUUUCUUCGUUACAGUUCCUUUUCCUACAAAAUUCAUUAAGAAAACAUAUUCAAAUGAUUCCAUAAGAGAUCACAAUUUUUUGGACUUGUAAAAUUCUAGUAGACGACAAAAUAAAUUCUUAAAAAUACGCAAUAGUUCCAAAUAUUUUAAAUUACAUAGGUAUUCUUUUAUCUAAAAAAUAUUUACAAUCAUAAAAUAACACUUCAAACGUACUCAAUAAAAAGAACCAAAUCGAAUGGAUAAGUAAAUCGCCACAUAAAAUUCUGACCUCAAAUUAAGUAUAUUUCGACAAAUCAUUAUUUUGAUGUUCAGUCUUGUACAACGUGAAUUACUGUUGCCGCUUCUCCUCUUCCAACAUCGCGUCCAACUCGUCCGUGAGAUUGGCUAGCAUAUUUCCUAUGUCGUUCAGAACAUCCACCGGUUCCGCUCUCUGGUUUCGGGCACUUGGUUGCUGUCUAUUAGGCGUUGGGGACGGAUGCGGGGGCAGGCCGGCGCGCGGCUUCGGCGACGAGAACUCCGCCUGCCUGCCGCUGGCGCGCGUUCUUAUCGUUCCGGCGUUCUCGUUGGCGAACGGCAGCGAAUCGGACUCGGUGCUGGAACUCGACUUAAAACUUGCAUCGGAACCGUUUCUGUGCUGCAGCGCCAACGUUUUUAUGAGCUCUUGUUCCUCGACGCUCCACGAUUGGGACGUGUUGAGUUUGCAUUGCGAGUGGCCGGGCGGCGUGCCCGGGGCCGGGGGCGGCGGCAACGGAAGGUCGCCUUGGUUGUCUAGGGUUAUGCUAAGACUAUCGGAGCUGGGAUAAGCCGGCAGCGGCAGGGGACUAGACGUUUGGACGUGAUGGAUUUCCACGGUGGUCGUUUGCUCGUUGCACUCGCUGUCCUGCCGCUUGGGCGGAUUCGGCGGGAUCUUCUUCCCCAUCAGCGGGCUGCCGUAUUGCAUGUGAUAGUCGUUGACUUCGAUCAAGUCGCUCGGUAAUCGUUUGUAUUGCGGAUUGGCGUAUUUCUCGGGAUUGAAUUGGGGUUUCUCGAAAUCGGGGAACGGUUCGCAGGCUUUCGCUGAUAUUUUCGCUAUCGGUCUGGGCCGUAU